AUGAUAGCCCCUCGUGGCGGCGCAAGGCGCACCGAAGUUGAAGAACCGCAAGAUAUCAAUAUUCUUGGUGUUCGUGGUCGAAAAACUGGCGCAGAGCUAAGAGACAGAGGCAAUCGCGACGAACAUGGCAUGCAACCUUUAGACGACCUCUCCUCUUCGCCCGAAAGAGAAAUAUCUAUACCAAGAUUCGACGACGAUGAAGAAGAUGAUGAUCAUGACGAAACCGGAGAUAACGAAGAUGACGACCAAGGCAGCGAGGAUAUGGAUAUUGAGACAAGUCCGCUCACUGAGGCUUACUGUAACGAAACCCAUGGACUAACACCACUCUAG